AUGGCAUUGGUAGGCUUGCCAGCCGAGGAGCAUGUGGGAACAACUCACCGCCUUGAGCUUCUCAGAAACAGUAGCUUGGAGCAUGCUGGCACCUUGGAGGACCGCCUGAGGCACCGCGAGCGCUGCUUUGGCACCCUCCGAGCAUCCUGGCAGGUGAAGAACUGCUUCAGUGCAUGGCGGUCGCUUGUUGAGACACAGAAUGGAGCGUUUCGAGCGCAGGAGGACCACGACGCCCAGUUGAGGACCAUCUUCGAUUUGCAAGAAUUGCUCGCACAGAAGGAGUUGGAAAAUCGACAGCUGUCUCUGAUGCUGGUAACCAGCGAAAGAAAGCGGUCGACCCUGGCACACAGCGUGCACGUCAUCCAGACGGGAGCUUCGGACCUCGUGAUUUGCAUACGGGUGUUUGCUGCCUGGCGGCGCCUCAGCGUGGAAGGUCGCCUCACUGGCACACUGCUCCGCAUCGAGGAGCGCUCGCCUCGUCGCUUCGAGCUCCGAAACAGGUCAUUCUCCACCCCCAGCCUUUCGCAAAAGGUUCCACGAGGCCAGAAGCUGGGCAAGGGCAGCGCACCAGCACUCGACUGUUCAGGAGUAGUUCUAGGUUCCGCGUGGGCGUUAGGAGAGCCUGUGGCACUGCCGCGUGCCACAGGGGCGCCGCGUGUCCCGGGACUGCGAUUUAGCAUUUGCGUUCCCACUACCGGGUACUACCGGAAUUGCAUCAUACUGCGCAGAUUGGCACAGGACCGGCUGAGGAACUUCUUUAGUGCAUGGCGGUCGCUCGUUCAGAUGCAGAACGAAGCUCUUCGAGUGCAGCAGGACCACGAAGCUCAGUUGCGUGCAAUCCUCGAUUUGCGAGAACUUCUUGCCCAGAAGGAGUUGGAAGUUCGACAGUUGUCUUUGCUGCUGGCAACCAGCCGAAGAAAACGGUCGACACUGGAGCACGGCAUUCACAUUAUCCAGACCGGCGCCUCGGAUCUCGUGAUUUGCCUGCGGGUGUUGGGCGCCUGGCGGCGCCUCAGCCGGGAAGGCCGCCUCACCGACGCGCUGCGGCGUGUCGAGGCAGAUGCCCAGCAACGAGAGGCGAACUUGGAGCGCGAGCUGAUGCUGCAACUCGAGGAGGCGACGGCCACGAUUCGUCGCCUUGAGGGGGAGCUCCGGUCCUCGGAGCGACGACAUCGCGUCCUUUCCGAGGAGAUCGCUUCCCUGCAGCGCCUGCUUGACGAAGCCGAGCUGCAGCAGCGCAAGGCGCGGCAGCAGCGCGCGGCCCGCUCGGAGCGCCUCGCCGCGGGUCGGAGUGAGCUGGGAGCGAAGGCUGUUGCAUGGGCGCUAUGGCUCCGAGCGUUAGCGCUGCUGCGGUGCGAAAGGCAUGAACUCCAGGUGAUGGAGCAUGAGCUGGCCCUGAAGGACGCGGCCGAACGGCAUCGCCUUGAGGUUCAGGAGUGGGAGCGCAGGCUCCAGGAGCGGCUUGCAGAGAUCGAGGCCCUGGGGCAGCAGCGCGAUCAAGAGCUCCGCGGAUCCCAGGAUGUCUUUGACCUUGAACUUGCCCGUGUCCACCAAGCUCACGCGGAUGACAGAAAGACACGCGAGGAAGAACAUCGCUUGCAAGCCGAGAGGCACCAGCUGGCCCUGGAGGAGCUCCAGCGACAGCAAUUUGAGGCAAAGCAGAAGCUCCUGAUGUCCUCACUGGCAGCAUUGAACGGACAGCGCGCAGAGGGGCUGCGGAGGGACUACUUCCUGGCUUGGGCACAGUACCUCGUGCACGUCAGGAGGAUUCGCAGCGAAGAGUGGAAGGAGCAGGAGCUCCAGCGGCUCCAAGCGCAACAUGAUGCCCUGCACGGGAAGCUCCAGGAGCGGGAAGCUGCGUUCGCCAGGCACCGGACGAACCGGGGCGACCAGGUCGCCACGACAAAGCAGAAGCUCUGGAUCAGUCAGGUGCUGGGCGCCUGGCUGCUCGUGGCAGUGGCCAUGCGUCUGGCGCGUGCCAGGGAGCUGGAGGCCAGCGAGGCCGACCGGCUCCGGGCGGAGCUACAGCGUCUGAGUCUCGAGAGCGGCAGGGCGCUGAGGAGUCAAGCCGGCGAAACGCUUGAGCUGCGGCGGCGACAGGCGCUGCUGCUUCAGAUCUUGCGUUCCUGGCUCCGAAUUGUUUGGCAGCAGCACCUCCAAGCUCGCCAAAGCGAGACAGCUGAAGUCUCGAGGCGCCUUGGUGGCCGGAAUUCGCGGAAGGACCUUCAGACCGACAGGCUUGGGCAGCAGCUCCUUCUCCAGGCAAGCUCCGUGCUGUUGGCAAGUGCUUUCCAUGCUUGGUCCAAGACGGCCGGGCUCCUGCGACUUGAUCGCGCGGCACAGAAAAUGAUCUCAAAGAUGGACUUCCUCCGUCGCUCGGGGCAAAGUCGAAGAGACCAGCUUCUGGGCAAGUCUGAGUAUCUGGGUCAGGUGUGUCUGGCACGUCUGGUGCUGGCAGUCUGGGCCCAGGCCGGCAGAUUCGUGGCGAACUGUGACCGCUUGGGAUGA